AUGCGGGUGCAAGAGGAGUUGGAUAGUAUCCAGAAAGAACAUGGCGAAAAUUACCUGAAAGGCAUCCAGCCUGUCUUUGAUCCUCUCAAGGCCCGCCACUUCGACUUGGCGUGGAAUUGGGUUCGACAAACCGCCCUCGAGAUUAUUUACGGCCGAUUGAAGACCGUUGAUCGUGAUAUCACCGUCAAGUGCCUGGUAAUCAUGCAUCGAGCCAAUCCUGCUUUGCUCGACUACAUGCAAUAUUACCUCAACCACACGGAUGCCAGCAAGGGCGAACGAUACCGUCUUGCAAAGGAGUUUGGACAGAUACUCUUGAGCAACUGCCGUGAAGCUGUCGGUGCAGCUCCCUUGCACCGAGAUGUCACUUUCCCCACGGCACCAAGGACUACUGUAACCCUCAAAGGUGAAAUUGUUAACAAGGAGGUCGACCGCGUGGGCGUUUCUCGACUCAAGGGCUAUGUGGCUGAGAUGGCAGCUGGAUCAAAAAUUACUGCCGAGAUGAAUUUGGAAAAGGUCCAGGAAUCCAUCCAGAACCUGUACAAACUUGUCAAGUCUCAACUGACCAUUGCCAAAUCCCAGAUGGCAGCGAUCCAAUCCUUCUACGGAGAGGUUGUCAAACCGACUGCCCUCUCGGGCGACAAAACACCCUUAUUGCACCUCAAACGGAAAGUGGGAAGCAACCGGGUCUGCAGCAGCAAACUCACCACACUUUAUCUCGAUGUCUUGACCAAAAUCGCAUCCGCGGGAACCACGUGGGCGUUGUACUUGUUCAUCUGGUCCUGCACUAAUCUAAGUCUGUCCCUGCUCCCCCCUGCCUCCUUCAUCCAUCAUGCCCGGGAAAACUUACUACUGGCUCUUAUUGGCAAUUUCCCCUCGGCUCUUUGGGGUCUCUCCAGCCUGGAUCGGCCGCUUUCAUCUCUAUUGUUGGCUCAGAAUAUCUAUACCGGAUAUUUUAUCCGUUGGUCAGCUCUUCUCUUCUUACGCACGACUGAAUUCACUCUCCGACUGGCAGUCACCAAGAUAGUCGCGGCCCUGAUCCUGAUGUUGAUUGUUGGGAUAAAAGGCUUCUCGGCCAAGGCCGGUAAACACUCCCCCGUCAUCCUCGCCCUCAUCAAGCUGCUCUGCCUCCGGACAUCCGACCUUGCCCCCGCUCUGUAUUCCGGGCUGUGGGCUUUCGACAGCUGGGAUUCUACAUUCCCUGUUCCGUAUCUCCACAAUAAGACGGAAUAA